AUGGGAGACGGCAUAUUAAAUGAUUCUAACGAUAAUAUACAACUUCCAGAUUGUUGUAUUGCACCCAUUAAUGCCGAUAUUAUAGAAGAUAUAUAUGGGGAUCUAAUACGAAAUAAAGAAUAUAAUAAAGUGGCUAAGUGUGCGAUACUUUCUGCAAGAAAUGCUGAUGUAGACGAAAUUAAUAAACGAGUUGUGGAAUUAUUAGAUAUAUCUGAGGAACGGAUUUAUACAAGUACAGAUAGUACUGAAAAUUCCGGUAAUAACGGUGACAUUGAUGAAGUUUUAUUACCAGAAUAUUUAAAUACUUUGUCUCCAUCAUCUCUUCCUCCUUACGAAUUGCGUUUAAGACCAAAUUGUAUCAUUAUGCUAAUUAGAAAUCUUAAUAUCAAUGAAGGUCUUUGCAAUGGUACUAGAUUAAUGAUUAUAGAACUUGCAGAUCAUUUAUUGAAAUGCAAAAUAUUAACGGGUGAUAAA